ACUAGCUAUAAUUUAUACUAGUUUGUAUACCAGUCUUAGGUAGAUCCACUCUAAGACUUAUCACAGCAUAAUUAUGUGUGUCAUUUAUGCAGAUACUUGUGAAUACAGGGAAGCCUUUUAAUAGCUCAACUUAGCAGUGAAACAUGUAUCUGCAUACCUUAUAUUGCAUGGUGUCGGAAGAGUCACUCCCAUCAUAGAUAGAGUAGAGAGGGAUUGGAAACAGAAGUAUACCCUCGAAGUACCAUCCGUGUAUUUUCUCGGUCUUAUUUUUAACACGAGGGCUAAACGUACACUUCAUUGCAAAACAUCACGUGAAUCACUUGCAUUUCCAAUCCCUCUCUACUCUAUUUAUUGGCCAAACGCAUUCUUUUAUACUUGCAUAUAAUUUUAGCACUAUAUGGUAAAUGUUUUACAUGUAUGGUGUCAAGCGGUAUAUUGGAUUUACACGCGAGAGUAAUUUGAUAAACCACGCGAAGCCGAGUUGGUUUAUUUGAUUACUGAAAUCUAAUAUACCAUGACAGGCCAUUUUAACCGGCUUGUACUAGUACUAUUUUAAUAUAUGUUUAAAGCUAUUUCCUGUCAUGCCUUAUUAAUGAAUAAAACGUCACUGUUGGCUAAGCCAAAUUUUGGAGUCUAUAAUUAUUUAAUAAAGACUGCAACAAAAAUUACCAACAAGUGAGAAAAACAAGAUUUGAAGAAGCUUUGAAUUAUCAAGCAGACUGUACCAGUUGACCUUAUACAUGCAAGACUAGACAAAAAACGGUUUUCUAAAGUAAAAACUUACAGAAAUUAAAAUACUAUCUUGCUAUCCUCUUUGUUCUAUAUGCACUCUUACGCACAGUAGAUCAACCUAACAUAACCUUUAGCUCAACUUAGCUUUCUGAUCAGUGAAAAAUGUUUAGAUUUACAUGAUUGUAUAUAGGUCAUUCACAUAUCAUGCACCGGUGUCGGAGGAUUCAGUCACCCCAGCCGGGACUGGGUUCUAGUUCAUUUACCCUUAAGAUUUAGGGCCCCCCCCAUAUAUACACACUGCAAAAAUUAUGAGCGUGUUUCAUUUGGCUCUUAUUCCAAGGUCUAUAAUUAUAAUGAAAUUGCGUCGUUAAUUUAAUCGAGAAAAUUAGUUAAUGACAUAAGCAUAAUAUUUUUGGAGCAUUGAUUGUGCAAACGCAUUAUUUUAUGCUCGUGUGUAUUGGGUAGACCUAUCAUUUACCUGCAUGUUUAUCUAGCUAUCAUACCUAUACCGAGUGUCCUAUACUCCCACGCACAUAUACCAUUCUAACCUAAAUAAUCUGUUGAAAUAGUUAUACAAACUGUCAAGUAGGAAACGUAUGGAGUCCCAUAUCAAAGUCCUUUUUUAAUGAACAUAAGCCCCCUUUACACGACACCUAAUUCGGGUUGAAUCCGGAUUAAAUCUGGGUUUGAUUUUUCUGAGCCUCGUGGGCAUAGCUGUGUGUGUUUGUAUGUAGCUUUUGAACAAGCAGCAAACAAGCAAGCAAACAAACUGCAAGAUUACAAAUUACACUAGACUGAAGUUUGACCAAUCGUAAGGACUAGAGAAAAAGUGGUGCAAGUGCCGUAUAGUUGCGGAAAUGACUGAUGACAGCCAGUCAUGUGAUACUCCCCUGCACACUGCUGCAAGCCGUGGGGACUUAGAUGAGGUCAGAGAGCUGUUGAAAACAAAGCAAUAUGAAGUCAACGUCAGAAACUCACACAACCAAACAUCUCUUCAUCUUGCAUGUGCUAAUGGUCAUCUCGAUACGGUUUGGACACUAGCCAAUGACUUUGGUGCUGACAUAGGAGCUAUUGAUAAUGAUGGAAAUACACCAUUGCUUUUUGCUGCUAAGAACAAACAUGUACAAAUAAUUAUAAUGUUGCUUCUAUUAUCAAUGUGUGAUAGACACUUCUUGAACGGAGACCGCGUGCUCUGUUCCUUUAGCCGUAGUCAGAUGGAUUCUCAUCAUGUUAAACUCUUUGAGGAUGUCCUCUUCGAGUAUUACAAUGAUUCUGAAGCAGUGGAGAAAACUAUGCGUCUGAUAAGUAAAUUCUUUGUUGAUUAUAUUCAAUUCAAGGAUUAUAAAGAUGAUGGCUUUAUUGCAUUGUUUGUAGCUGCAUCACUCGGUCUCAAAGACUUGAUUAAUCGACUAGUUACACAGAAUAAAGUAGACCUGAAUAUUAGGGGAUUCCAUGGCUUGUCUGUUCUCCACUGUGCCUGUUUUGGAGGACACAUCCAGCUCAUGGAGAAUCUUAUUUCAGAACAUCUUAUGGACCUUUCUGUUAAGGAUACAAAAGGGCACACAGUUUUGCAUUACGCAACUUUAAAGGGGACUCCCUAUGAAUGCUAUUGUGGUCACAUAGAACUGAUAGACAAACUGGUGGUGGAAUACGGCCUCAAUCCCACAGAUAGAGAUAAUGAUGGAAACACACCUCUACAUAUUGCAGUUUCGAAAGGACAUGUUGAAGUAGUGACACACCUGAUCAUUAAGCACAGUGCUGAUAUUGAUUGCACUAAUAACCAGAACGCUACUCCAUCAAUGCUGGCUGCACUAAAUGGUCAUGUGCAUGUUUUAGAUAUGUUAGUCAAAGAAUUCAACAGCAGUUGUCAUGUCCGAGAUGACCAUGGUUAUACUCUCCUUCACUAUGCAUGCCUUGGUGGUCAUAUAGAACUGAUAGACAAAUUAGUGCUUGAAUAUGGCCUCAAUCCCGCAGAUAAAGAUAAUGAUGGUAACACACCUCUACAUAUUGCAGCCUCCAUUAAAGGACGUGUUGAAAAAGUGAGACACCUGAUUAGCAAGCACAGUGCUGAUGUUGAUUGCACUAAUAAUCAGAACAGUACUCCAUUGAUGCGAGCUAUGCUGAAUGGUCGUGUGCAUGUUUUGGAUAUGCUAAUCAAAGAAUUCAACAGCAGUUGUCAUAUUAAAGGACGUGUUGAAACAGUGAGACACCUGAUUAGCAAGCACAGUGCUGAUCACCUGAUUAGCAAGCACAGUGCUGAUGUUGAUUGCACUAAUAAUCAGAACAGUACUCCAUUGAUGCGAGCUGCGCUGAAUGGUUGUGUGCAUGUUUUGGCUAUGCUGAUUAAAGAAUUCAACAGCAGUUGUCAUGUUCGAGGUUACAAUGGUUGUACUCUCCUUCACUAUGCAUGCAAUGGUGGUCAUAUAGAACUGAUAGACAAAUUAGUGCUUGAAUAUGGCCUCAAUCCCGCAGAUAAAGAUAAUGAUGGUAACACACCUCUACAUGUUGCAGCCAUUAAAGGACAUGUUGAAACAGUGAGACACCUGAUUAGCAAGCACAGUGCUGAUAUUGAUUGCACUAAUAAUCAGAACAAUACUCCAUUGAUGCGAGCUGCGCUGAAUGGUUGUGUGCAUGUUUUGGAUAUGCUAAUCAAAGAAUUCAACAGCAGUUGUCAUGUCCGAGGUUACAAUGGUUAUACUCUCCUUCACGAUGCAUGCAAUGGUGGUCAUAUAGAACUGAUAGACAAAUUAGUGCUUGAAUAUGGCCUCAAUCCCGCAGAUAAAGAUAAUGAUGGUAACACACCUCUACAUAUUGCAGCCUCCUUUAAAGGACGUGUUGAAACAGUGAGACACCUGAUUAGCAAGCACAGUGCUGAUGUUGAUUGCACUAAUAAUCAGAACAAUACUCCAUUGAUGCGAGCUGUGCUGAAUGGUUGUGUGCAUGUUUUGGAUAUGCUAAUCAAAGAAUUUAACAGCAGUUGUCUUGUCCGAGGUUACAAUGGUUAUACUCUCCUUCACUAUGCAUGCAAUGGUGGUCAUAUAGAACUGAUAGAGAAAUUAGUGCUUGAAUAUGGCCUCAAUCCCGCAGAUAAAGAUAAUGAUGGUAACACACCUCUACAUAUUGCAGCCUCCUUUAAAGGACAUGUUAAAACAGUGAGACACCUGAUUAGCAAGCACAGUGCUGAUGUUGAUUGCACUAAUAAUCAGAACAGUACUCCAUUGAUGGGAGCUGCGCUGAAUGGUUGUGUGCAUGUUUUGGAUAUGCUAAUCAAAGAAUUUAACAGCAGUUGUCUUGUCCGAGGUUACAAUGGUUAUACUCUCCUUCACUAUGCAUGCAAUGGUGGUCAUAUAGAACUGAUAGAGAAAUUAGUGCUUGAAUAUGGCCUCAAUCCCGCAGAUAAAGAUAAUGAUGGUAACACACCUCUACAUAUUGCAGCCUCCAUUAAAGGACGUGUUGAAACAGUGAGACACCUGAUUAGCAAGCACAGUGCUGAUGUUGAUUGCACUAAUAAUCAGAACAAUACUCCAUUGAUGCGAGCUGCACUGAAUGGUCGUGUGCAUGUUUUGGAUAUGCUAAUCAAAGAAUUCAACCGCAGUUGUCAUGUCCGAGGUUACAAUGGUUAUACUCUCCUUCACCAUGCAUGCGAUGGUGGUCAUAUAGAACUGAUAGACAAAUUAGUGCUUGAAUAUGGCCUCAAUCCCGCAGAUAAAGAUAAUGAUGGUAACACACCUCUACAUGUUGCAGCCAUUAAAGGACAUGUUGAAACAGUGAGACACCUGAUUAGCAAGCACCGUGCUGAUAUUGAUUGCACUAAUAAUCAGAACAAUACUCCAUUGAUGCGAGCUGCGCUGAAUGGUUGUGUGCAUGUUUUGGAUAUGCUAAUCAAAGAAUUCAACAGCAGUUGUCAUGUCCGAGAUGACGAUGGUUAUACUCUCCUUCAUCAUGCAUGCGAUGGUGGUCAUAUAGAACUGAUAGACAAAUUAGUGCUUGAAUAUGGCCUCAAUCCCGCAGAUAAAGAUAAUGAUGGUAACACACCUCUACAUAUUGCAGCCUCCUUUAAAGGACGUGUUGAA